CUGGGUGGUGGGCGCUGAGGUCCGAGCUGGGUCCCCGGAGCUGCAGCCCCAGUCCCGACGUGGGCUGGCAGUGAAACUAUGUAGGUUUUAAGAAGCGCGCUUUGUCCCACCUGCAGCCCUUAUGGCUCUGUAUGAUGAAGAUCUCCUGAAAAACCCUUUCUACCUGGCUCUUCAGAAGUGGCGGCCGGACCUGUGCAGCAAGGUGGCCCAGGCCCACGGCACUGUGCUGGUACCCUGCAAAGGCAGCCUGACAAGCAGCAUUCAGUCCACGUGUCAGUUCGAGUCCUAUGUCUUGGUUCCAGUGGAUGAGCAUUUUCAGACCUUAAAUGGAAAGGAAGUCUUCAUACAAGGGAACAGGAUCAAGCUAGGAGCUGGCUUUGCCUGCCUUCUCUCAGUGCCCAUUCUCUUUGAAGAAACUUUCUACAACGAGAAGGAAGAAAGUUUCAGCAUCUUGUGUAUAGCGCAUCCUUUGGAAAAGAGAGAGAGCACAGAAGAGCCUUCGACGCCCUCAGAUCCCUUCUCCCUGAAAACCAUCGAGGAUGUGCGAGAGUUUCUGGGAAGACACUCGGAGAAGUUUGACCGGAGCGUGGCAUCCUUCCACCGUGCCUUCCGCGAGUGUGACAGGAAGAGCCUCCGUCAGCACAUAGACUCGGUGAAUGCGCUCUACACCAAAUGCCUCCAGCAGCUCCUGCGGGACUCCCACCUGAAAACACUUGCCAAGCAGGAGGCCCAAAUGAACCUGAUGAAGCAGGCAGUGGAGAUGUACGUCCACCAUGAGAUUUACGACCUCAUCUUUAAGUAUGUGGGGACCGUGGAGGCAAGCGAGGAUGCCGCCUUUAACAAAAUCACGAGAAGCCUUCAAGACCUUCAGCAGAGGGACAUCGGUGUGAAACCUGAGUUCAGCUUCAAUAUCCCUCGUGCCAAGAGGGAGCUGGCACAGCUGAACAAGUGCACCUCCCCGCAGCAGAAGCUCAUGUGUUUGCGCAAGGUGGUGCAGCUCAUCACGCAGUCCCCCAGCCAGAGAGUUAACUUGGAGACCAUGUGUGCUGAUGACCUGCUGUCUGUCCUAUUGUAUUUGCUUGUGAAAACAGACAUCCCUAACUGGAUGGCGAAUCUGAGUUACAUCAAAAACUUCCGAUUCAGCAGCUCAGCCAAAGAUGAGUUGGGGUACUGCUUGACCUCAGUGGAGGCUGCCAUUGAGUACAUCCGGCAAGGGAGCCUUUCCACCAAGCCACCCGAGUCUGAGGGAGCUGACGACAGGCUGUUCCUGAAGCAGAGAAUGAGCUCGCUGUCCCAAAUGGCCUCCACCCCCAUCGAUUGCCUGUUCCAGCACAUCGCCUCAGGCAACCAGAAAGAAGUAGAAAGACUCUUGAGCCAAGAAGACCAUGACAGAGAAGCCAUCGCUCAGACCAUGUGCCACCCUCUGUGCUUCUGCGAUGACUGUGAGAAGCUGAUGUCUGGGAGACUGAAUGACCCAUCCAUUGUCACUCCGUUCUCCAGGGAUGACAGGGGCCACACGCCCCUCCACGUGGCCGCCCUCUGUGGGCAGGCAUCUCUCAUCGACCUCCUGGUCUCCAAGGGCGCUGCAGUCAAUGCCACAGACUACCACGGGGCGACGCCGCUGCACCUGGCAUGCCAGAAGGGCUGUCAGAGCGUAACGCUGCUGCUGCUGCACUACAAGGCCAGCGCCGACGCGCAGGAUAACAACGGCAACACGCCUCUCCACCUGGCCUGCACCUACGGCCACGAGGACUGCGUGAAGGCUUUGGUCUACUAUGACACACAGUCGCGCAGACUGGAUAUCAGCAAUGAGAAGGGAGACACGGCCCUGCACAUAGCCGCCCGCUGGGGCUACCAGGGCAUCAUAGAGACGCUGCUGCAGAACGGGGCCCCGACAGAUGUGCAGAACAGACUGAAGGAGACGCCACUCACCUGUGCCUUAAACUCAAAGAUUCUGGCCAUCCUGGAAGCUCGCCAGCUGUCCUCCGACAGGCAGCAAAAAGCCGACAGGCAGCAAAAAGCCGAGGGUCCUGAGCGCUCCCCUCCACACUCUGUGGACUCCAUCAGCCAGGGCUCCUCCACCUCCAGCUUCUCCUCGGCUUCGUUAAGCUCCCGGCAGGACGAGGCCAAGAAGGACUACAGAGAGGUAGAAAAGCUUCUAAGAGCGGUUGCUGAUGGCGAUCUAGAAAUGGUGCGUUACCUCUUGGAGUGGACAGAGGAGGACCUGGAGGAAGCAGAGGGCAGUGGCUACACCACCACAGACCAGGAAUUCUGCCACCCACUGUGCCAGUGCCCCAAGUGUGCUCCAGCCCAGAAGAAGCUAACAAGGCUCCCUGCCAGCGGGCUCGGGGUGAACGUGACCAACCAGGACGGCUACUCACCGCUACAUGUCGCAGCCCUGCACGGGCGGGCAGACCUCAUCUCUUUGCUGCUGAAGCAUGGUGCCUACAUUGGGGCCAGCAGUGCCAGCCAGGCCGUCCCACUGCACUUGGCCUGCCAGAAAGGCCACUUUCAGGUGGUCAAGUGUCUACUGGAUUCUCACGCGAAACCCAAUAAAAGGGAUCUGAGCGGAAACACACCCCUCAUCUAUGCCUGUGCCGGCGGCCACCAUGAAGUCGCGGCACUGCUGCUGCAGCACGGGGCCUCCAUCAAUGCCUCCAACAACAAGGGCAACACGGCGCUGCACGAGGCCGUGAUGGGGAGACACGUGUUCGUGGUGGAGCUGCUCCUGCUGCACGGCGCUUCAGUGCGCAUCCUGAACAAGCGGCAGCGCACGGCCAUGGACUGUGUCGAGCACAACUCGAAAAUCAUGGAGUUGCUUCAGGUCGUCCCGAGCUGUGUGGCCUCGUUAGAGGAUGCUGAUGAAACAGACCACAAGGACUGUGUUACAGUGAAAAUCAGGAAGAAAUGGAACUCAAAAUUGUAUGAUCUGCCUGAGGAAACCUUCAGCAGACAGUUCUGCUUUGUUCACUCUGUGUGCCAGUUCAAGGGAAGGACUUCAAGGGAAAUGAUGGCAAGAGAUAGAAGUGUUCCUAAUUUUACUGAAGAUUCUUUACAUGAGAGAGGCAAGGGGUCAGCCUGAGACAGGAGGAUAAGCUGCCGGAGCAGAGCGAGUCUCUGACUUGGGCCGGGAAAAGCAGUGAGCAGCCGGAGCUGCCUGGACACCCCACACGCACUG